AUGGGUAAUCCUCCUGUGCUGGGAACUCACCCGGCACUCGAUCAGGUGGAGAGCAAGGCGAGGCGGCAACCCGAUUUUCCCCCCGUCUUUCACCCAUAUGAAACAGCCUCCACUACUACCGCGCCUACUAAUCACGCAUCCAGUUCCCAGGGCCAUCUGCAUCAACAGCCGCCUCCACUCGCAUACGGUCAACACCAACAGGCACCCUCGCAUCAGCCUCAACAGGUGGCGAGCUCUGCUUACUUCAUAGGUGAUUGUCCAUCCUCAGUUCCUCUUCCAGUCUCGACUGUCGUCAGUGAGAGCAGUAGAUUCAACUUUACCAGUUCUGGCAGUAUUAACCAUCUACACUACGAUUCUGCGGAGCCGGCGCUAUAUCCAUACAGCGGGGUGUAUAGUCAACAGUACUCUCAGCAUAGCGCACACCGGCAACAGCAGAACUUCGGUCUGCCGGAGCAGCACCAACACUGGCUCAACUACGGACUUCAGUACAGUCGCAGACUGCAGUCCUCCUCUUCCCCCUCCUCUUCCUCCGGCACUGCAGCUGCCGCA